GGUUCACUGUCCAUUGGCCGUUUCCUAGCGAUAGGAAUUGCUAUGUACAUCAAGCCUCCUACUAUGAUGAUGAUUGAUCUGGUCGGAUGUCUUGUGUCUACGUUUUUCAUGUUGAUAUUUGAGCGAUACGAGACUGCACUCUGGCUUGGUACUACAGGCGUUGGAUUAUUCAUGAGUAGUGUCUUCCCGACAAGCAUUGCUCUAGCGGAGCAUUAUAUAGAGAUAACAGCACCUGUAACAAGUAUAAUGAUUGUUAGCGCUGCUUUGGGUGAACUGUUUCUUCCUCUCCUUGUUGGCCAGGUGUUUGAACGACUUGGUCCUGUCAGCUUUUUGGCCAUCGCUUUCUGCGCAUGUCUAUUGGCUUUACUCAUUUUCAUUUUAUUGAGAACAGUAGAAGAACAAGAUUGGUUUGGUUUCAUCUGGUUUGUUUGGUGUGGCCAACCACCCAGUUCCGCCACAGACAACCCUGCUUCUCCUAAUGUAGAGACGGGUAAAACACCGGUUAUCAACACAGUAGAAAUGAAUGUACAAGGAUAAUAAUAACCAUAGAUCACGUGAUUGAAUCAGCCAAUGGAAGACCUGCUUCAGCUAAUGUAGAGACGGGUAAA